AUGGUACUACACUUGGUAACCAUUGAUCGUGUGCUUGGUAGUGGUACCGUGACAUUGAUGACAUUAACCGCUCCACAAGGCAACGGGGCUUUUGUCACCAACGAAAGCGACGCAUUUCUAAAAAGCCUUUGGCAGGAGAGACAGCGAGGGGGGGCGCAGGGGAAUCAGGUAGAGGCAUUAGCCCGAGGUCCCCUGAAGGAAGAUGAUCAGGAGCUUCUAAGACUGCUGAAAGAGAGAUACCUUGCUAAACCGAGUGACAAACCAGCGAACUUGAUGCUUGACAAAGAGGGCGCUCGAGCUAAGAAUUACAACGUCUACAGAACGGCUUUCCAUUCUUGGAUCCGCAUUAACAAAAUCUUGAAGAAAUUAUUCUCCGGAGAGCCCCCUCAUUUCUUCGUCGAGGCUGGUGCUCUUGAUGGCGAAUUCAUCUCCAACACUUUGUACUUGGAGCAGGACCUCGGCUGGACUGGCUUGCUGGUCGAGGCUGACCCUCUGUUAUACGCUGCUUUGCCAGGCAAGAACCGAAAGGCCUGGAGCUCGCAGACGUGUCUCUCUCCCUCCGACGUCGCCGAGAGACUGACCUUCGAGACGUAUGAACCGCGAGAUGAUCGUGAUGUGGCAGCUGCCUUGCUGGUGAGGUCAACAGGUAACCUCGCCGGCAUCCGCUCCCCGGCCUUGGGUCAAAUGGGGUCAAAAAUCCCCGUGGAGGUCCAAUGCUUCCCCCUCUUCUCCUACCUCCUUGCCCUCAACGCCACCUCCGUCGGUUACGUCAGCCUCGACGUCGAAGGAGCCGAAGCCGAGAUCCUGCUCCACCUCCCUUGGGAUCGGGUGGAUGUUACAGUGUGGACUAUCGAGCACAGAGCGACGAAUGAAGGCUUCAAAGUCCACUAUGAGGAGCCCUGGGGUAUCCGCGCUCCACCCAUGCCACCUCGUCCUCGUCCAUCCGGGUCUUUGGGAGGACACGAAGGAGGGGAAGAACGAAAGGAUAAAAAGCUGGAUGGAGAAGAGGUCCUUCCACCCAAGAAGAUCGUUUACGUGACCCAGCAUGACCCAGCCUCAGGGAAGGACCCAUACCUGGUCAGAUUUAUGAAGGAGAAAGGGUAUCGACUGCAUGAUUACUGGGAUGGUGAUUAUACGUUCAUCAAGGCCGACUCGGAAAUCUGUCGAAAGCAUUGCACAGUCGAGGUUGAGUAGGCCUUUGUUGAGUAUUCUGUUCUUUGUCGACCUCACUCAAGGGCCAGUAAGUAAUAGAUGUGGAUUUUCAAUGAAUGGGAAGAUUUCUAGGUCUAUAUAUCUUCAAGACUUUAUAUGUAUAUGCAAGUGAAUGUACAAUUGCUUAUGUAUAUAUUUAUAUUCCACGCAGAUAUAACUAUAAUUACUAAAUUUAGGAACUGUGAAUAAAACAAGAACCUAAUGUAAUAUUUUCCAUUUCCCUUCGUGUCUGUUCAAUAUUUCUUUUGUAUAAAAAGUCUUCUUGAUACUGUAUUCGAAUGAAUACUAUCUUUUCGUAUGCAUAUUUCAAUAUGAAUACUGAAUACGCAAAUGCACACAUACACAUGUAUACGCACACACUUAUAUAUGUGUAUGUGUGUCUACAUUCAUACAUUGUGAAUUCAUAACUUAAAACAAAUAGGUAUGCAAAAAAUAAAGCUCAAAUAUAGCGAAGUGUAUUUAAUAUACUGUAUAAAUCAGUACAAAACAAAUUAAGAGAAACAUCUCUUAAAACAUGGCUAACAAAUUUCACUUGAGAUAAGAGACAAGGGAAACUGACUUUAAUUUCGUCUCUACAAUAAGCUUAAUCUACGAACCGUUUAGCCUUGGAACAGCCAAACAUUUAAGGUACAUUUAAAUCUUCCAUAGCACCUUUUGAGAAGCCAUAAAACCUAAAAUAAAAAUAAAAAAUCUACGUGCUGCGUCUGGUAAAUAGCAAGUGUAAAAUAUCAUUUUGAUAAGGACAAUGAGAAUCUAUGAUACUCUUAAGAAGGGAAUGCGAUGAGGGAAAAAUAGUGCAAUAAUACUAAUUGGAACCUCAUCAUAGCCUAUGACGUCAUAACGUAGAUGGCGCUACAAUACUUCCUGUAUGACGUCACUUUGUCGUCUGCGAGUUAAAAUAUAUAAUAAUACAAAAACAAAUGGCAGCAGACAAGAUUAAAAUCCAUCUUUCAGCACUGUAUCAUCUUUUUUUGUGUUAUAAGUAUAUAGAUGAAGAUAAUAUAUCUAUUCACAUCAGGUUAAUGAUAUAAAAAUAUAUUAUAUCUAGAUAUAUAUGACGUCACCAUCGUUCAUGACUCUCAUAAGUAACAUUAGACGCUAGUGUUGUCAUUACGUCAUUGAUGAUUAAUUUCUUUCUUUUUCUAAAAAUAUGAAAAUAAAUCUGAUAUCACUGAAUUAAUAAUGAUACCAGUCAUGAUAAUAAUAAUAAUAAAUAAUAAUAAUAAUGAUAAUAUUAAUAAUAAUAUUAACAACCCUAAUGAUAUGUGGGAAAUAUUCAAAAUCAAAAUAGCAUAAUCCUUUCAGUUAAAGGAUCCACGCAUUUCUCAAAAAGAAUCUGCAAUAAGUGGAACGAAGAGAAAAUAUAUAAACCUACUAAGUACCACUCAAGAAACAAGAGACAGUUCUUUAAACAGAUUCAGAAACUCUUGAUAUGGAAUACAAUCACAAAUACCUAAACAUGAAUACAACAACACAAAAUAUUGUAAGGAAGUAGACAAAGAAAGAGGAAAAAAAAAAAAAAAAAGUCAUAUAUGGGAGGUCAUAAGGCAAGGAGACAUAUGGGAAGAACGAAGGAAGGGGAAGGAGAAAAGGAGAAAAGAAAGAAGGGGGAAAGAGCAGAAGAGAAAGAGGAGGACUGA